UCGUCUCGGCUUAUCCCUCCCACACCCCCCUUUUUCUUUUAUUUACACCUACUUUUUUUUUUAAAAAAAAUAGUUAUGGAUAAACUGCCUGAAGAAAUCCUUUUACGUACCUUUAAACUACUUGUGAAUAAUGUCAGUCAAUUAGCAACAUUGUCACUUGUAUCUAAACGUUUCCAUCGAAUGACGCAAGACGCAAAGUUAUGGUAUCUUUGUUUUAAAGAGAGAUAUCCUAUCUGGGGCAGCAAUGUAGACUACGUUUGUCGUUCCAAAAAACUAAUUGAUUGGAAAGAAUUCAUGAUUCACCUCAUUAAACAAGAGAAUGCGACCCGACAUUUCUCGUUCGAGUUUGUAAAAGAGCAGCCUACCACCAACACUAACACCACCGGCAGCAGCAGCAGUAGGAAGCGAAAAUUGUUGGCAGAUGGUGAACAGGAUUUGGGUAUUCUGAUGGAUGAUUUUAUGAUGGAAAAGACACCCUUUUGGAUACAGGAUCCCUUGGUAGUGGAUAUCGAUCGUACCAGUAAAAAGGGCAUUGUGGCCACAGGCAAACAUCGAAAGAAUAUAAUCGAAAAUCGUUCUGAGCACAAAAUCUUGUUUUGGGAAUAUCCUUCUUGGAAAUUAAAACGUACCUUUGAGCUCAACUUGACUCCACCCAAUUUAACCUGUCAAAUCAUUGGUAUUCAAACCAUCCGUAUGCCAAAUACAUCGCACAAUGUACGUUUCUUUUCUCUCGCGAUUGGUAUGGGAAUGGGAUUAUUACAAGAAUUAGAUGAUAUUGAAGACAGAGUGGAUAUUUGGAAAUCGUUAUUUAUUUACAGACUCUUUCAAGAUGGUUCAACACAAUGUGUCUCCCAUAUCGAAAUAUCCGAUAGUUUCUUGGGCAGAGAGAUCUUUUUGUUUUCAGAUACGUCAUGGUCAGACGAUGAUCCGAACAACAAAUUAACCGAUUGGAUGCAAAUCGUCUCUCCAUCCGAUGCAACCUUUGAUCGUAAUUACACUGUGUUUAUAUUGGCCAUUGGUCCCAUCUAUGAUCGUAUUACAGGCUGUGUUCAAUUGGCCAAAUUCGAUUUACGUGGACAAAGGAAUAUCCUUGAUCCAUCCAUUAUACCCGUUUACUGGAAUCGUACCUUGAAUCAACUCUUAUCGAUUUCAAAUACCAUGAUCUAUGCUGAUCCAACUCAUAUCAUCACAUCCAUCAAGUUGGGCAACGAAGUCAGUUGCAUGAUUCAUUUCAAAUACCCCACCUAUCUAAACCAUUUAAUCUGUACAGGAAGUUAUCAAGAGGAUGAACUCUCCGUUUAUGACUGGCGAUUUGGUAUCAAGGUAGGUUCCUUACCAUGGAAAUCUAUCCCUUCUUCUUCCUCCUCCUCUUCUUCCUCCCUCUCCGCACCUUCCACUGCUGCUGCUGCUGCUGCUGCUGAUGAUGCUGAUGCUGCUGCUGAAAGAGACAUCAUGAUGGAUGUUCGACCAUGGGGUUUGGAAUCCACUCUCGUUCUACCUUCCACUGGCGACGAUUUGGACUUGUCACAUCGAGGCUUCAGGCUGAUUGCCGUGGGGGAUAAUCGAAGUGAUAAUACCCGAGAUAAAUUAGAAAUCAAGGUGUGGGACAUAUCCUAUCUAUUAAACGUGCAUUGGAAUCCAUGUCAACCGGGUCCUCUUUCUAAAGAAAUUGAUUUCUCCAGCCGUUUCUCGUGGUGGUCAAGGCGUACAAGUGCACUUGAAUUUUACGCCUACCAUAUGUUACACAGAGAAGAAAGGAUCGUAUUACCUUAUUCACCGCCGCAAGGAUUUGAAUCCAUGUUAUUAUCUCAUACGUUUGAUAAAGAAGAAGAGGAUGACGAGGACGAGGAAGAAGACACAGUGGAAGAGUUUAUACCAGUGAAAUACACAGCUUAUAAUGUCUUGUAUACUUCCUUAUUCCUCCUUACAGAAGAUGGAAAAGUCACGGUGAUGGACAUCGAAACAGGCAAAAUCACGGGCACAGUAGAAAAUGUAGCUGCUCAUACGUUACAGCAAGUGAGAGGCAUUGAUGUCAAUGUCAUUGCGGGAAGAGAAGUGGUGGUGACAAGCAAGGAAGGUUUAUUAAGAGGAAUUGUGUAUCAAUAAAAAAAAAAAAAAAAGAGAAGCCUGCAAUCGUGUGUAUAAUACUCAAUUACCCGAUGUGGAUGUACUAAAUUUUAAUCCAAUCAAAACUCUCGAUCGGGCGAGUGGGGUAUAAAUUAAUCCUGCAUUCUGGUAUUCCAACAAUAUUUUUAUUUCUAUCACCUUCCCUUUUCUUCUCCCCUUUCACCUUUUUUUUUUUUUUUUUUUAUUAUUAUUAUUAUUUUGGAUGAACCCUUAUCAGCAACACAUUGUGCCUUCCGAUGCUUCUUUAGACUCCAAACCGUUUUUAUAUAAUGAAAUACAAGAUACACUCUUAUUGGGAGAAUAUCCCUUAACAGACACUACCAUCACACCACCCGUCAUGAAUAACAAUUUAACUGGGGUUUAUUCCAACACUGGAUUUGA